UGCAGGUUCAUGAACAUUGGCUGCACGUUCUACGCGAAACGGUCGGUCAUCACGGAACACUACGUCGACCCGCAAGCGUGCGCGCGCCACCUGGCGUUGAUGGCUAACGAACUCGCGCAGUUCCAGGAGACGAUGUACCGCCAGCAGCAGGAGCUAGCGGCCGGUAGAGAGGAGGUGGCGGCGCUGCGGGAGAAACUCGAUAUGUACGCGACUGCCGCCGUCCCUGCCUCCGUCCAAUCAACACCGCACGCCGUCCCUGGCUCCGUCCAAUCAACACCUCACGCCGUCACUGGCUCCGUCCAAUCAACACCGCACGCCGUCCCUGGCUCCCUCCCAUCCCCCGGUACACUCAUCCCGUAACCCGCUUUGGUGUC